AUGCAAGGAAUAGUUUACUAUGGACCAAACGAUCUACGUUAUGAACAGAACGUACCAGAACCGAGAAUUGAGCACCCAGAUGAGGUGCUUGUCGAUGUCUCGUACUGUGGUAUUUGCGGUACAGAUUUGAAAGAGGUUACUGCUGACCCACCCAACUUUUUCAAGCAUGCUGGUGGUAGCGACCCAUUAACGGGACUCAAGCCACCUCUCUGUAUGGGUCAUGAGAUUGCCGGUACUGUUAUGGAGGUUGGUGAUAACGUUUCGGAUGUCAAAGUUGGUGACCAUGUCGUGAUUGACCCAAGCACACACUGUGCAGAUAAAGAUCGCUUUUACCACUCUGAGCUCACGGCCGACGAGGACUGUGAUGAAUGUGAAAAGGGCCUCACAAACAUCUGUAAGAACAUGUCUCUUACCGGACUAGGUGCACAGAACGGUGGAUUGGCUGAUAAAUUUGUCACUGCUGCUCGUCAUGCUGUUGUUGUUCCAAAAAGUAUCCCAUUAGAGAUUGCUGCGCUAGCACAACCCCUAGCGGUCUCUUACCAUGCUGUGAGAAUCUCCGGAUUCAAAGAAGGUUCCACUGCGCUCAUCAUUGGUGGUGGAGCCAUCGGACUUUCAACGAUUCUGUGUCUCUUUGGUUUUAAGGCCUCGCACGUUGUGUGCUCCGAGCCUUCAAAGAUUAGAAGGGAGAACGCUGAAAAGCUGGGUGCUAUUGGUUUUGAUCCAACAUCUGUCAACGGUAACCCGGUUGCUGAAUUGCGUAAGUUAUCCCCAACUGGACACGGGUUUGACUAUACCUUUGACUGUUCUGGACUGGAAGUGACAUUGCAAACUGCCAUUCAUGCAGCUGCAUCCAACGGUACAGUUGUCAACAUUGCUAUCUGGGGUAAGAACCCAAUCAGAUUCUGGCCAAUGGAUGUCACUAAACACGAGAAAAAGCUCAUGGGUUCGAUGUGCUACACAAGAGAAGAUUUCGAAGGUGUGCUGGAUUGCUUUGCUCGUGGUGAUAUCGAUGAUGAGAGGGCAAGACGCUUCAUCACCACAGUUGUUUCCUUGAAGAAUGGUAUCGAGUGUGGAUUCGAAUACCUCCGUGAUCAUAAGGACUCGGAGAUCAAGGUUCUCAUCACGCCUAAUAACCAUGGCGAGCUGGAGUACUCAAAGUCGUUCACCAGAAUCCACGAGCAUAUUUGA